UGUUUGUCUGCGUCAUAACGCUGCUCCUCCCUGACCACCCGACUGGCUCGGCUUCCGCUGCGGAUCCACUUUCGCUUUGCUGCCGGAGACCAUGGGCGCUCUCCUCAGUGGCGGCCAGGAUGGUCCGGAGCCCGCGCAGUCCCAGCCUCCGGCGCCGCAGGGCCCGCAGCAGCCUCAGCCCGAACCUGGCCCGUGGGGGCCGCUGGACGACGUGCGCUUCCUAAUCGCCUGCACGUCCUGGUACUAACCCGGCUACUCCUGGCCUCUGCCCUCCUGGGCCUGGCCUGGCUUCCACCCCAUGAUUUCCUGUCGAACUCCCUCACUCUGGUCAGAGAUUCUAAAAAGAUUGUGGAGCCCGAAAGUCCCACAGGGCCUCACAGGACUGCUCCCCAACCUCAGACUUGUUCCCUUCCUCGCCAGCCCCUAAACCAGCUCAGUCCCAUGACCCUUUCCAGCUCCGUGCUGGGGCAGCCUUCCCGAGCCUGAAGAGCCGAGACCAGGCAAGGCCUGGCAGGAUUCUGAUGGUUCAACUCCUGGUUUUCCCCUCGCUAGAACUGAGCUGCUGCAGGUGGCCCAGGCCAAGGCCCUGUCUCCAGAGAAGCUUUGCCGCAGUGACCCUCCCACACUGGGGGAGGACGUCUGAUUGCUGAUUAGAAGAUUCAGGAGGCAACGACAGAAUUGUACCCCCAAAGCACCCUUUUCUCUCCAAAGCCUGAUGUUUGUUCCCACACCCCAGGGAAAAGACACUGUAUUUCUGUUUUAUUUAGAAAUGAUUUAAAAAACAUUGUACAAAGGCUGAUCAGUUUAAAAUGUGA